GGAGGCCGCCCGUCUCGCGCGCACGACCUUCUCCUUCCCCUUCUUCCCCAGAGAGCACCUCGCCUGCAUACGUACGACGUACCACCCCCCUGCCCCCGCGAGGCCGCUACCCCGCCCGAUCUCCGGCGACGCCGCCGUCUCCGGAGAGCCCCUCCCGCGCUCCUGAGGCCUCCUCGGCGCCGUUCAGGCCGCCACGCCCCGCCUCGCGGGCUUCCCUCGGCUCCCCUGCCCCAAACCCUAACCCUAGCCCCCGGCGGGGGGCCUUGCAGGUGCGUCCCCUGCUCCAUCGGGCGCUCCGUUCGUACUCCCUCUGUUUCCCUCCGUCGCUUAGGCUCGCAAUUAAGGUGCGUAGAGUGCUGCGCUAUGGUGUAAUGGGAGGAUUUCAGUGUUCAGUGAGGGGGGCUGGGGCUGCUGCGCCAUCGCUGCUGAAUUGUGCUGCAUUUGGGCUGGGUGGGCGUCAGGGAAUGCAAGCACUCGCCCGCUCCACGUAGACGUCACUGUGCUGGGGAGAAACUGGCAACGUGCAUGGGCUAAAAGUGCGUUGUGUUACUUUUAGUGUGGGAAAUGGUGUGGUGGGCUAAAAAAUGUGAUAUUUUUGGACUUUUUCUGAUGGUUGUGGACUUCCAUCGAUAUGGAAACUAGGGACAACGUUUAGGUGGCCUGUCGUGGUGCGUGUUUUGCUCGAUUAGGCAAAUGCUACUAUUCCUCUGCUUGUCUUUCUUCAACUGAGCAAGGCCCAUCAUGUUAUUGGCAUCGUGUGCACUUGUUUGAUUGUGUAAAACACUGUUAUGCAAUUGCAUGCACCGUGUUUCAUUUAUGCAAAGGCCUGCAUUGUGGUAUUGUGGUUUCGGAUGUGUUUUUUGUAAGAACUGCCUUUGCUUGAGCUUUAUAUGGCAGCUGUGUAUUACUUUUUAGGAACUUUCAUUGGUCUGUUAUUUUUGUUUGCAUUAGCUCUGUCAGUUGUGGCCAGCUUUUGGCAUACAGGAAACGAAAUGCACGUUUUGUGGACUUGAGAGGAUGUCAUGCAGUUUGAUGGCACAAAGUGCUGAGUAGAUGUGCUUGCAAUGAUGCAUGGGCAAAGCCUGCUUCUGUGGUCCAGUGGCUAUUGAGCUGUGCUCUAUGGGAGGAAUUGCUGAAUGUGGUGUGAGCAUUGACACGAAAGCUUCACCACGUCAUGUGGCCAUAGAGAAAGCUCAAGAGGAACUGAGGCAGGAAUACGAUGUCCGUGAAGAACGGAGGAGGGAGCUUGAGUUUCUGGAGAAGGGAGGCAACCCCUUGGAUUUCAAACUCGGCCAUGUAGCAUCGCUCAGUGUACAAUCCACUUCUGUGACAGACCAGAUAGCCGAACAAAAUGUGAUAAGUGAGGCUAAAGGUAGUUUUGCACUUGCCGCCUCACCUCAUGGGGAUUCUGUUGAAAGUAGUGGCAAGCCAGGAAACUCGUUGUGCCGUGAAGGCAAUACCGCUGAUAAUCUUAUGCUUUUGGAUGGAGAUACCAGCAACAUAGGUGGGGAGAAAAUUGUGAAACAUGGAACUAAAAGAACUAACACAGCUCAAUCUGAGCAGUUCCUGCAAAGUGAUGGUCAGAAUAAUGCAAAAGAAGGUGAAGAUUCUGGUUUGUCCCGUCUUGGGGCAAAGAGCCAAGCAUACGCUCGACGCAGGUCAAAGUCAAGCCGGGAGAAUGCAAAUAUUGCAUUUGUUAUGUCUCCACCGGUUCCUCCGCUUAGUUCUCAGAAAAAAGAUGUAACAGAAGUAAUCCAAGAAAAAAAGACUGAGGAUCAUGGUCUCUCAUCCAUCGGUGAUUCAAAACCGGCAAGUCUAAUCUGUAAAAAUAUGCUGAAGAAUGCAUCAUCAGAUGAUGACAUGACAAUGGAGAUGGACGGUGUUCAAGCAAUUCAUGAAGGCAACCAAAGAUUAAAAAAUGAAUUAACAAACAACAACAAUAGCAGCAAAUUUGUGGAAAUUUCACCAAACAGUGUGACUGAUAAUUCACAUCUUCCUGGCGGUGGUCAAAUGGCUACCGCAACUGCUGCAGAAUCCCCUGAUGCUAUUUCAAAAGAACCUGCUUCAAUGGCAGCGUGUUCUCUACCAUCUAUAUCAAAUGAAAUCUGGAGAGAAGCAGAUAUUCCUGAGAAGGCAGGUAAUAGCCGCUCUGUUGUAAGUGUGGUCGAUGUUCAUGCAGAUGGUAUGGAUAAUAAGGGUGCUGCUCCUUACUCUGGCAUAGCAAGUGCUAGUUUAAAUGAAAAUGAAGUUGAACCUGCUUCAACGGCAGUGUGUUCUCUCCCAUCUAUAUCCAAUGAAAUCUUGAGAGACGCAGAGAUUCCUGAGAAGGCAGGUAAUAUCCGCUCUGUCGUAAGUGUGGUCGAUGUUCAUGCAGAUGGUAUGGAUAAUAAGGGUGCCCCUCCUCACUCUGGCAUAGCAAGUGCUAGUUUACAUGAAAAUGAAGUUGCUCUAACUCGUGCAUAUGCCACCAAGGCUGUUGAUGAACAUCCAGGCAAAAAUGAGAAUCUUAUACCAGUGAAGUAUGGUGAAACGGUUGAUGAAGGCUUGAAUAAGAUUCUACCUGUGGAUAAGGAUGACAAGAAAGAUGGUCAACAGGAAGUUAAUAGCAGGCCUGUCGUUGUGGAUGACAAUUCUACUUCUGUACAACCAGAACUUAGGAAUUCUGUUCAUGUGAAAGAUGAAACAGAAGUUUGUAACAAUGCAGUGGAUGCACAAAAGGAUACAGGACAUCUUGCUACUUCUAAUCAUGACAAAGGGAAUAAGGAGGAAUGUUCUGAUUUCGGUAGAAAUAAUAAUUGUUCAAGUGAUUUGAGUGUUGUCCAUAAUGCUGCUUCUGUUACUGUGCCCCUUGCCACAAAUCCUGUGCUUAACCCUGAGAAUGACGUUGAAAAAUCCAGUGGGGAUCAGUCAAAGAAAUCAAAGAAGGAAAUUGAAGAUUCUAUUGUUGCAAAGAAGGAACAUGAAGAUUAUAUCCUCAGAAGGGCUCGGUUUAUAGAGGCAAAUAUUAGGAAAGCUGGUGAUCAGUCUCUCUGCAAUAUUUCUAUGGAGAAGAAGCGGAAGAGUCACUGGGAUUUUGUUCUGGAGGAGAUGGCUUGGAUGGCAAAUGAUUUCAUGCAGGAGCGCCUGUGGAAAAGUGCAGCUGCAGCACAGAUGUGCCACUGGAUUUCCUCUAGUGGUCGAGCAACAUUUGAAGAAGCAACCAUUCAUAGAAAGCAAAAAUCUGUUGCGAGAAUUCUGGCAAACGGUAUCAUGAACUUUUGGCGUUCGGUUGAUACUUUACGAGCUAGUGGUGAUAUGCCUAAACCAAUGCAAAUAGAGCAAUCAAAUGGGCUAGAAGAAAAGAACCUGGGUGGAGUCAAAGGAGAAAAACAACUGGGUAAUGAGUCUUUGGAACAAGAGAAGUCUAAGUGGUCUUGUCAGUCUCCUAUUCAAAGCUAUGCACUUCGACUUCUUGAGUACAACAUUAAAGCGUCCGAAUGUCUGUCAUUAGCUGAAGCACCACCAACUCCUGACAGGAUAAAUGAUUUUGGCAUUUUGAAAGUGCCAGAUCAACUUUCAGAAGCAAAUCUUUUUUAUGGGGUAGCACCUGGUGCAAUGCGGGCAUACAGAGAGUCUGUGGAGUGUGUCUUUGUGUAUAACAAGAAAAUUGGUAACACUGCACUAAAGGAUGAUUAUGAGGCAUCAACAUUUGAUUGUGUUGCAGACUUACCUAUGGAAAAUGCAUAUGGAGAUGAUGAACGCGAGGCACACACCUAUUUAUUGCCUGAAAAUUAUGAUGGUGGUUUGGCAUCAAGAUAUAGUCACAAAAAGAAACACCCUUUGCAGCCAAGGAUGAAUGGUGCAAGACCAUGUGAAACUGGUUCUGACAUGCCUUACGAAUUCUUGGAGAGCAAGUCAGGAAACCAGCAAUUUUUGCCAAAUGGCAAACGAACGGCAGACUUUCUUUCUAUUCCUACUAAACGCAUCCGCACAGCAGCUAGACAGCGGGUUGUGAGCCCGUUUCCUGCUGGUGUUGCUGGGACUCCUCAAUUCACAAGUAAAACAGAUGCCUCUAGUGGUGACACAAACUCCUGCCAGGAUGAUCAAAGUUCGUUACAUGGAGGGUCUUUCCCCAGGAAGAAUGCAGAUAUUGAAUCCACAGUUGAUUUUGACAGGCAAUUGUUGUAUGAUGGUAAUGAGGUGUCUACUAAGUCUAAAAAGAAGAAAAAGCCUAAGCACCUGGGAUACAAGACACAACAAAGUGUGGCCGAGUCUUGUACUUUGAUGGCUCCUGGAAAGGGCACUUACAAUCCUAGACCUCAAGUUGAUUCGAUUGCUCAAUAUGAGCAGAAGGAUUAUUUGAAGAAGAGAUUGGAGGCACAUCAAUUUGAUUCAAAUGGGAAUAUUGUGAUUAAUGGUCAGCUUGCUGCUAAGAAGCCUAGAUUGACAAAUCAGGCUCCAGAUAUUUCACUAGAAGCUCUUACACCAGUUGGUCCAAUGGCAUCUCCUGUUGCGUCACAAAUGAGUAAUAUGGCAAACCCUACGAAGGUCAUAAAGAUUACCACUCGUGGAAGAAAAAGCAAAGGACUCAAGAUGGCAGUUGGACAUACAGGUCCUCGUGGUCCAUGGUCAAGUUUUGAGGAUCAGGCUCUUGUCGUGCUUGUCCAUGAUAUGGGUGAAAACUGGGAAUUGGUGAGCGAUGCACUCAACAGCAUCAUCCAAUUGAAGUGUAUAUAUAGAAGGCCUAAUGAGUGUAAGGAACGUCAUAAACUUCUUACGGAUAAAAGUUCUGGUGAUGUUGCUGACAGUGCUGAUGACUCAGGCUCAUCACAACAUUAUCCGUCCGCAUUGCCUGGCAUUCCAAAGGGUAGCGCCAGACAGCUGUUUCAGCGCCUUCAAGGACCUUUUGAGGAAGAGACUCUCAAGGCACACUUUGAGAAAAUAAUAUUCCUUGGACAAAAAUUGCAUCGAACUCGUAGAAAGGGUGAGAUCCAGGACCUCAAGCAAAUAAAUCCACUUCAUACUUCUCAUGUUCUUGUACUAUCUCAAGCAUGUCCAAGCAGCUUAUCUGGUGGCAUUUUGACGCCACUUGAUCUUUGUGAUGCGGUACCGUCGAACUCGGACGCACAGUCCAUUUGUUACCCAGGAUCUCACACGAGUGGGCUAGCACUUGCAAACAAUCAUGCUUCCAUUGGUCCUACCCCUCCUACUUCCAAUGUGAAUUCUAGGUUACCAGGUUCCCCUGGUAUGGUUCUAGGCAGCAAUUUGCCAUCGCCUACAACAUUGAAUGCUUCCUCUAGGGAUGCUCAGAGAUAUGGUGUGCCUAGACUGACCUCUUUACAGGGUGAUGAGCAACAAAGAAUGCAGUAUAACCAGAUGCUCAAUGGCAGAAGUCUUCAGCAACCUGGAGUAUCUAUUCCUGGUGUGUUACCUUCUGGAGUUGAUCGUGGUGUCCGAAUGAUGCAUGGUGCUCAUGGUAUGGGAAUGAUGACCGGACCAAAUCGAGGUACACCUGUUACUAGGCCGGUUUUUCCAAGGCUUGGUUCCCCUGGAAUGCUAAAUGUAAUUUCUUCUGGUAACAUGUCACCCAACAAUGGUCAAGGCAUGCAAAAUACAGUAAAUGUUCAUCCUGGUGCCAUACCUGGCCCUGGAAAUACGAUGUUGAGGUCACGUGACCCAAUGCAGAUGCUUCAGAUUUCAGAGGAGCAUAGGCCGAUGAUGAUGCCGGAUUUUCAGUUGCAAGUCUCACAUGGAAAUAACCAGAUUGUCCAUUUCAGUGGUCCUCCAUUUUCCAAUGCAGGAGCAUCUUCACCUGUUCGGCAGUCCCAGACACAUCAGAUACCCCAACAGUCACACAUGUUUGGAAACACACAUCUUUCUCAUAUCCAAGGAACAAACCAGGCUAAUUCGCAGCAGCAGGCUUACGCUAUGCGCUUGGCAAAAGAGAGACACAUUCAACAAAUGGUUCCCCAACAACAGCGCCCACUUUCUGGAGCCAGUGCAGUGCCAACUGUGCAGAAUAGCUCACAAAUGCAACAACAGGGCCAAGGAUCUGCAGCCAGUGUUAUCCCUUCUUCACAACCACAGCAUAAGCAGCAACAUCCUGCACAAGAUCCACUAAGCAAUUCAGUGCUUCCCAAUCAGCCUGCCACCACUACAUCACAUAAGCAGAAGAAGCAACAGGGUCAGCAGCAGUCUAGACAAAAUCAACAGCAACGAAAUCAAUGUAGUCAACAAGCUAAGCUUAUGAAGAGUUUAGGCCGAGGGAACAUGAUGCACCAGAGUCCUGUGGAUGCUACUCAAGCCAGUGGCAUUGCUACAACCUGUAAAAACCAAGUUUCUGAUAAAAAUGUGAUGCAACAGGGUACAGGGUAUUUUGCUGGUAGUAAAGGAUCACUUCCAUCAAUACCUCAACCUGGGAAUCAACCUAAGAUAUAUGCUUCCCAGGUGCCUCAGUCGCCGAUGCAAACGCCAGAUAUUAGUAACCAAGGCUCAGUAAAGGGUUCUCCCAACCAUACCUUGUUAGCUUCCCAACAAGCUCCACUUCAUUCAUCAUCACAAUUGUCUACACAGCAGCAGCAGCGAUACGUGAAUCCAUCACAGAACAGUAUACAAAGAUUGAUGAUGCAACAAAACCGUCACAUGAACACAGAUGGUAGGAUUGAAUUACCUGUUGACCAAGUACAACAUAAUCAAGUGAUGCCAUCUGCAUCUCUUGCAAGGAGUACAGAUUCAGGUAGCCCAGGUAUUUCAUCUAUAAACCAGCGGAGACCAGAGUCAUCCCAUGACCCAACUGCAGUUACCUCGACCUCACAGCUAGCUAGCUCGCCUCAAGAUACCUUUGUUGGAAGUGAUACACUUUUGUCAUCAUCUAGCCAAGGCAUGCUGCAAAGGGAAUUGUUGGGUGGUGUGCCUAUACAUGGACAUGGCAUUGAUGGCCAACUGCAGCAACAACAAUCUCGACAGCAACUGCAGUCUCAGCAGCAGCAGCAGAGGCCUGUUGUUCAAGGCAGUGUAUAUGCUCAUCCUUCAAAUCCUGGACCAGUAUGAUGACGAAUUAUGCUGGGUUGAUAAAUUCUGCAGACCAUCCCUUCCCCUUGUAAAGUUUCUGUACAGGCCUCCGUGCUAUGGAAGAUGUGCGGAUGAUAGAUGAUAGUCCUCUUUAUUCCCCAACUUUGAGCUAAUUGUAGUCACCUGUGUCAGGUAGAUAAUUAUUUUCAUACCAUUUUGGUGCCACACUGCCACCUUCCAAGUAGUUUGACCCUGGAUUGCUGGAGUUGGUUCAUGUAAGGGCAAAUUCCUUUUGUUCUCGAAAUGUAACCCAAAAUUGGGCCCAGAUGUAUAUUUUGCCUAGGAGGUCCAUGUUAGUAACAAUCUCUUUUGUGUAAACCUGUAUAUUUAGCUCACAAGUCAGCAAAUGCAAAAGCCUUUCUUCGCGUCAA